CCAGAUUGGGCAGCGCGCUGCAGCUAGGAUUGCCAGAUUGAGCGGGAAAUCUGGGCCAAUCUGGCAACCCUGGCGCCGAGACGCUUUAGAAACGGCGUAAAACUAAGCGGCCGUGAGACGGGCGUAGAACGCUGCCGGUGUAAAUCAGUGCACAUUGUUUCCAGUUAGCUAGAAUUCUAGCCCAUGUUGAAAUUAGUGACAUUUUAAAACGUUCAUUUCUCAUCAUCAGGUAACGUCACCCUGACACGGUGACGCAGUGACGAUGAUUAUCAAGGUGAAGUACUUCAACUUGAAGAAAUAUGUAAAGAUAUCUGAGCCAUGUUUGGAAAUGUUCAUAACUGAAGUUCGGGUAAAGUUCUCCAUUCCUGAAGACAAGACCUUGACAGUGACCGAUGAUGGAGGAACUGAAGUCGAUGCUGAUGUGUUUCCAGAGUUGGUUACAAAGGACGUGUGCUUGGUCAUCCAUGAUUCUGAAGGAGAGUCGCCUGCCAGUGAGUCUUCAGGUAGCCUCACGGAUACACUUUCCCUGUUGAGUAGUCAGGGUAGUGAGGUCGAACUUAGCCAAAGCAAAAGGGCAUGCUUGGGGGCAGAGAUGUUGCAGUGUGUUACAGCGAAAGAUUUGGUGAAGAAUGUUCUGCUGGAGAAGCCUGGUGGUGCAACAGUCCUGAAGGAGUACGAGGACACUGGGAAAAUAUGUGACAGUUCCAGACGGCAGAUGGAGCAUUUCUAUGAUGCCCAAAGUGGAUCAGGCUUCCUGGCUUGGAGACUCAAGACUAUUCAACGGAAGACCAAAUUUCAUCCCGAGUCAUCUAGUUCCCCUAAGGCUGCUGUUGUGAUGGGAGGUGGUCCAACACUCGUCAGGGACAACAGUCAAGAAGAUCAGCUUCAGGAUGAGCAAUGCAAAGAGGCCAUUUCCUUGAUGACUCAUACCAACGAGCGUGACACCAUCUUCCAGAAGAUGCAAGAAACCUUCCAUUUCCGGCAGGGGCUCAUCCACAAUCCUGAAACCUCGGCAUCAGUCCUGUCCAUGUUCCCAAGACUUUUGGACACAAAAGGAUUGGUUCUUCAAGACUUCAGCCUUCUCUUCGGAGCAGAAACAGCAGCCAGACUUCUGGAAAGGUGGCCCUCAUACAAACCAAAGUUGAUAAAAGAAGCCGCUGCCCUGGUACAGACCCCGUUAUUGCAACGCCUUUUACAAUCUGCCAGAGGGGAACAAGUGGAGUCAUCGGCAGAUUACCACCCAGGUUGGGACAGCGAUAUGUCCACUUUACUCCUCCUGUUACACAUCCUGUCACCUCAGCCAGCUGGGAGGAAAAGGGGUCACAAGAUCAGUGCAAGGGAUGCCAUUGACCACCUGGUCGUUUUUCACAAGUCAUGCCAGAGUCUGGAUGAACAUUUGGAUUCUGAUGAACGUCAACAGCCGUAUCUGCUUGCCUCUGGAACCACCAAACGAGCCAUCAGCGCCUUCUACAUCACCAUGGAUAAGAAGCUCGUCCCAUGCCAGGGAAACACAUCUCUUGCAGCAUUCGAUUAACUUUUCAAGGUCCAUUUUGUCUUCAGUUUGAAUUACGAUGAGUCUCUUCGCAGUAUGUACACGUUUAUCCAGACAACGAUCUACAACAUUGAUGUGGGAUCAACCAAAGAGAGUCCGAAACUAAAAGAGUUGCGGGCAAAGUUGCUGCAUGAUGUAUAGGUGUUACAUUUGUAGGACACUACUUGGCUCUAGUGGGGCCUUGGUUCAACACCUUAAAC